CUAGAUCGAAGAUAUGUCGGUCAUCUGUCAUUUUUUUAGGUUAUGUUUUGUGAAAAAUAUAAACAAUUUUUGAAGAAUAUGACGAAGCCUGAAUGUUCCAAACAGGAAUCUUCUAUCACAAAAAAUAAACCCGAAAAAGACUCACCUUCAACGGCUAAAGAUUUAUUUGCCGAUUUUGUACCAGAAGGAUCAGACAGUGAAGAAGAAAAUGAAAUACAAGACGACAAAAAGGACGAAAAUAUUGAACCAGCGUCUAAAAAAUCUCGAGACAGUAAUUCAAAAAAAUACAUACCAAAAUACAAAAAAGAAUGGGAAAAUAAACCAGAAUUAAAAUCGUGGUUAUCAGAGAGCAUACAUGGCAAUACAUAUUUCUACUGCAAAUUUUGUAAAAAAGACUACAGGUGUGGGAUUUCCGAUAUUCACAAACACAUGUCUUCAAAGAAACAUGCCCUAAAAGCCGCGAUGCCUGCAUUCAAGGCACAAAAAUUUAAAUUUAGGGGGCUUUUAUGUCCAGUUUUCACCCCAUUUACCAAUUUAAAAAGAGUCACACCUGACGUAAAUCUUAAGGUUAUACCAAAAUAUGCAAAUUUUUUAAAAGCUUGCAAUAUUAAAGGAAUUCUAAUUAACGACAUAGUCGGGGAAGGAAUGUCCUUGACUACCCAUGAAAGAAUAGAUUUAGCAGACGCAUGGGCUGACGCUUGCGAGAAAACGAAUCAAUUUUUGAUGGCACAAAUUGGCGGAGCUCCCCUCAAAGACGUUAUAGAAAUGGCAAAACAUGCCGCUAAGCGGGAUAUCGGAGCCGUUGUAGUCCUUCCCGACCUUUACAACAAACCAAAAAACCACUUGGACUUAAUCAAAUACAUAAAAUUAAUAUCAGAAUUUACCGAAAACGUCCCCAUUCUUUAUCACCACAACUUUAAAUUUACCCAAGUCGAAAUUGACAUUACGUCUUUUCUGUUGGAUAUAACAGGAGAAGUGGAUUCAUUUGUAGGCGUGAUUUAUAGCACAAAUGAUAUCCAACAAAGUACCGCAGCUAUGGCGAUAAAUAGGGAAAAAUUCACGGUUUUUAUGGGCACGGACGAAGCAAUUUUGGGGGCUGCUGCGAGUGGUUUUACUUGUAUUAUGGGAACAAGUUUGAAUUUUUUACCAAAACUGGUAGAAUCGAUUUGUGAGGCUGUGAGAGAGGGGAACAUUAAAAAUGCCCAAACGUCACAAAAUUUACUCAACAGGACAAUAGAUGUAAUAGUAAAACAAGGUGACUACAUAGCAGCCUCAAAGGCUGCAACUGACAUCAUUACUAGCACUUGUGGUACAACUACUAGAGAGCCUUUACAAACAUUAUGGGAAGGCACGAUAAAGAAACUCCAAUGCAAAUUACGUGAACUUGGUGUUAUGUAAGUCACUUUUAUAUUUUUACACAUUCAUUUAAAAAUACAAUAAACUUUAAGAUUCUA